AUGGCCUACAUUGCCUUUGUGGGUCAAGUACUCAGCCAAUACAUGCAUGCACCUAAGCUGUCUCAUAUGGAAGCUGCCUUAAGAGUAGUGAGAUUUAUCAAGACUGCACUUGGCCUUGGACUGUUCAUGCCUGCAAAAACAUGCAAGCAGUUAGUUGCAUCUUGUGACUCUGAUUGGGGUGCUUGUGUGAAGACUAGGAGAUCACUGAGUGGGUAUGCAGUAAAGUUUGGUGAAGCACUGAUUUCUUGGAUGUCCAAGAAACAAGGAACUGUGUCUAAAAUCUCUGCCGAAACUGAAUUCUGGAGCAUGGCUUCUACUGUAGCAGAGGUGGUAUAG